AUACUUUAAUACUAUAGAUUUCGAAGCGUACGGAGGUAUAAGUAUUUUCUUCCAAAGCAAGUCGUUUCGUAAAAAGAACGCCGAAUGCAGCAUUUGUUACAUUUUUGCGAUUCAUCGCUGUUGAAACAAGGUGUGACGACGAAAAGAGAUUGUUGGAAAACAAAUGAUUGAUAAUAAAAGCGGCUGCUGGUAGAGAACCAUGAAACAAACAAAAUGAAAAAGAAUUACAAUAUCGGUUCCGAUGUUAGGUCGAGUGACAGUCUCGAAAUCACAAGACGAUUAUACAAGAAUAUUACUGAAAUUGCCAAGAAAUUAGAAGAGCACAAAAAUCGAGCUCUAACUACAAUUGACAUUUUCACACCAACUGGAGAAGCAUUACGAUCUAAGCUAAAAGAUUAUUGCGAAAGAUUAAUUAUAAACGAUCCUGUGAAUCAUGUGCAAAAAACAGAAGAGUUGCUUUGGAGAAGAUGCUGUUAUGACAUUGUCUCUGCUGCAAAGAAAUUACGAAAGGGUAAUGCCUGGAAUGAGACAGAAGAAGCAUUCCUAUCAGUCCAUCUGUCAGUUGGUGCAGGAUUUUAUCAUCACCUGAUUUUGCGUUUGUUGCUGGAAUAUGAUUUGAAACUUCCGGGUGUAAUUGACUUUGCAUAUACUCAAAAUCAGAAGGAAAUAAUUCAUAUGGAAAAAGGAAUAAACAAAUCAAAAGUACCCACAUUAGAAGUGAAAAAAUGCGUCACUCGUUUCAUUCAUAGAAGCUUAAUAUGUCUUGGAGAUUUAGCUCGUUACCAAUUGGAUCUAGAGCCCCAUUGGGAUCCACAGGUUGCAAUAAGAUAUUAUAAAAUGGCAGUAGCUGUUGAUGACAAGUAUGGAAUGCCACACAAUCAAUUGGGUACUGUUGCUGGUAAUAAAAAUUAUGGACUUGAUGCUGUUUAUCAUUAUUUGAGAAGUAUUUUGUGUCUGGAGCCAUUUGAAGGAGCAGAAGGAAAUUUGAAAAGAACUGUUAUUGUUCAUUCUUAUACUGGUAAAGAGAAAUGUUUGACACAAUCUUGUGUAGCAAGGUUACUUUUGUUGUUACAAUUGUGGGACAGCAGUUCUAUGAAUAUUGAUAAAAUUAAUCAAGAGUCACAGACACUGUUAAAUGACAUUGAGAACUGUUUGAAUGUGGAAAAAACUGAGAAUGUUGACCAAAAAUCUGCCGAGAAUGAGGACAGUAUAGAAAAAUAUUUAUUACAUCACAAAACUGAAGAAACUGUUUAUUUAACAGAUGAGAUGAUAUUUAAGAUCAUAGUAAUUUGCCUGAUGAAAAUAAUGAAAGUACAAAUGAAGGAACCUAAUGACGGUCACGGCAUUACUGCGUUUGUUUUAGCUGUAUUUUCUCAAGUGCUGCAGUUUGUUGUGAUGAGAUUGCAAGAAUCGCUUCUUGACUUGUCUAUAACAAACAAAGAUUACAAUUCUAAUAAAGCGGCUUGUACCAAAGAAAUAGCUGAAAAUAAAAAUGGCAUUGAAAGUACAGAAAAAACUGAUAACGAAAAGGACUUCAAUGAUAAGUCUCUGCAAGAUAGUUUGAAUAAUUUAAAAUCUUUUACAGACGACACUAAAACUGAAAUAAAUGGAAAUCAUGUCAAACGACAAACGAAAAAACGGCGAGACAAAUCAAAGAGUCUUCUGACAAAACUCCGAAGACCACGAAAUCGUAAAAAUAGUUCUGAUUCGGAUGUAAGUGAUGGAGAAGGAGUAGCUAUAGGAUCAUCUAGUGAAGAUGUGAAUUCCGAUAUUACAGAAACUGAAGAAGAUGUAAUAAGCGAUGAAAAUGUUUUAUCCGAUGAUGCUCUGUCAGACGAUUUAACAGAUGACGAAAAAGAGGAUAAUGAAGUGGACGUCUCAUUGGAAAAAAUGAAUGGAAAUAUUGCUGUUGAAGAUAAGUUUAUACAAGAAAAUGAAAACGAAACUAAGGAUAAAACUAACAUCAACGAUAUUAUUGUGAAUGAAAAAGAAAAUACCAUGGAUGAAACUGCUGAUAUGACCAAAAAUCCAGACAGUACCUAUGAUGAAAACAACGCUUCAGCAAACACGCUAACUUACGUAGCACAAAUGGAAAAGCAAAACUUGGAUCCAAUUAAAGUCUUGAAAGUUUUGAAAGAUGAAAAAAUACUUACUUCUAUCAAAGUUUGUUGUGAUUGGCUACAGGGACAGAGAGAUAUUAUAAGAACCUGUGCCAAAGGAUCAAAAUCAUUACUUAAACGUUUAAUUACUUUGUUAAAUUUGAUCAAUCUUGAUAGCGAAAGUGUUUUAAAAAAGUGGGACAAGGAUUUGGAUAUUUUACCAUGUACUGAGAAAGCAAAAGAAGCUGUUAAAAUCGUUCCUCUACCGGAAGAUAUAGACUUGAAAGGUUUGAAAAUUGUCGACGCCGCCCAUAAAAAUAUCAAUUGGGAUAUUUUAAAUAGGAAGAAGAUGACCAACUGUGAAGAAACUCUACUCAGAGCCUUAAAAAUUGUUGAGUUUGGUCAUUAUUUGUGUUCAAUGUCAGAAUCUGGAGUUACUUAUGACAAAAGUAAGGGCUUAUUUAUCAUAGCAAAUGAAGAGACUAAUGAAACUAAAGAAAACCAAGUUGAUAACAAGACUUUAGAGAUAGACCAAUCCAAAGGAAAACUCAUGAGACACAUGGGAAGAUUGUGGCUUAAAGCGGAAGUUCGAGCUUUAGAAAGUCGAUUGCAUUACAGAUUAAUGUCACCGUAUUUAGUUCCUGAUCAUGAAGCUUUUUCAAAAUUCAUGCCAGUCAUAAAACAAUUAGUCUAUGCCAAAAAGUUUAUCGUAGUCGUUCCGUCAGUUGUGAUUUGUGCUUUGGACGAGAUGAAAAAAGUUAGUAGUCAUGCCAGAGAAGCGACCAGAUGGAUUGAAGGCCAAUUACAACGUGGAUCGCGUUUUCUAAGAGCACAAAGACCUCACGAAAAGUUGCCAUUACCUCUAAUAAAAGGGCCAAAACCUAAAGACAAAGAAGCGUGGCUUUAUUUCCAAAUAAUAGAAUGUUGCCAUUUUCUUACACAACAAAGCAAGGCUGGUGAUUCUGAAAUUCCAGUUGUAACGUUACUAACUGGUAUAGAUGAUAAAAAACUGUUUACAUUUAGCCCUGAUGGAAUAGCCAAAAGUGCUGGUGUGAAUUUCGAACACAUUGGUGCAUUUCACGCUAAAUGGAAACUAUCCAUAAAAAGUCAUGGUUGAAGGAAAAGAGCUCAGAAGUUGGAAUUUCCUCAAGUCAUAUAAGAGAUAAUAAUCAAGUCGCUAACUGAGCAGUACCAGAACGGUACUUCCAGAUCCGGUGGACAAAAGGGUUUGGAAACCCUGAAAGAAACUCGCUUACAGUAAUAACAAAUGUCUACGCUUCGGCAUCCCUGCGUCGAAAAAAAAACCAAUAACUGACUGUGAAGCGAAUUUUUUAAAAUCUCUAUCUAUUUUGUUUUAUUAAAAUUAUUAUUAUUCAAUAAAGUUGUUUUAUAUGAGAAUGCGCAUGUA